AUGAUCUGGGUGACCUUCCACGGCGCCUACGACUUCGGGUACGUCGUCAAGGCGCUGCUCGGCGGCCGCCGGCUCCCGCCGCGGAUGGACGACUUCCUCGCCCUCGUCCGAUACUACUUCGGGCCGCUCGUGUUCGACGUCAAGCACCUCAUGCGGCACUGCCAGAGGAUGGUCGGCGGGCUGGAGAAUGCCGCGAAGCUCCUAAGCGUGCCGCGGGAUGUAGAGCGGGCCCACCAGGCCGGCUCCGACGCCCUCCUAGCCGCCCGAGUCUUCGCCGAACUCACCCGCGUGUACUUUGCCGGCCGCUACGACAUCCUCGGGGCCUUCGCCGCCGGCGUGCUCUACGGCCUAGAGCCGCUUCACUAG